AUAACCUGCUCCCCCGGUCAGCGGACAGGAGGAACGGCGCUGCUGUUUAUCCGGUUUGUCCCCCCUCCGAUUCGGAAUGAGCCAGCGUUAAUGUCCGCCGCUGGCUCCGCUCGGCCCCUGUCGCCUCGCCGUGCCUUGGUGAGUCCUGGCGGGCCCCAACCCCCCGCCAUGGCCUCGGCGUCCCCCCGCUGCACAUCUGUCAGGCACCCCGCGUCGGUCGCCGUCAUCCUGCUGCUGCUGUCGGUGACCGCUGUGCAGUCCUCCCAGGGAGACAAGGAGCCGGUGUACCGGGACUGCGUCAAGCUGUGCGUCCGGACGAACUGCACCGGCGCCCGGCUGCAGGGCUUUGAGUCCAGCCAGCCGCAGUACAUGGCGCUGACAGGUUGGACGUGCCGGGACGACUGUAAGUACCAGUGCAUGUGGACCACCGUUGGCCUUUACCAGGCGGAGGGUUACAGAAUCCCGCAGUUCCACGGCAAGUGGCCGUUUGUGCGCGUCUUGUGCUUCGAGGAGCCCGCGUCGGCGCUGGCGUCUCUGCUCAACGGCCUGGCCUGCCUGCUGAUGCUGCUGCGCUACCGGAGCACGGUGCCCCGCCAGAGCCCCAUGUACCACACCAUCAACGCCUUCUCUCUGGUGUCCCUGAAUGCUUGGUUCUGGUCUACAGUGUUUCACACCCGAGACACAUAUCUGACGGAGAAAAUGGACUAUUUCUGUGCAACAGCAGUGAUUCUGUACUCCAUCUACCUAUGUUGUGUCAGGACUCUGGGUCUGAGGCGGCCGGGUGUGUCCAGCAUGGUGGGGGUCCUGCUCAUCCUGACCUUCACGUCCCACGUUUCCUACCUGACGUUCGUCAGUUUUGACUACGGCUACAACAUGGCAGCCAAUGUCACCAUCGGAAUGGUGAACCUGCUGUGGUGGCUGUGUUGGUGCUGGCAGAACCGACGGACUCUCCCGUACUGGUGGAAGUGCGGCCUGGUGGUGCUGCUGCUUCACGGCCUGGCCCUGCUGGAGCUGCUGGACUUCCCGCCGCUGCUCUGGGUUUUAGACGCCCAUGCUGUGUGGCACCUCAGCACCAUCCCAGUGCACUUCCUUUUCUACAGUUUCCUGAUAGAUGACAGCCUCUACCUACUAAACACAGAGAAGUUGGGGGUUAAGGUGGAGUAGGAGGAGCAGAACGCCUCUGGAUCACAUCUCCACUCGUCCACGUCUCCAGUGCGGGCAGCCAGAGACCCGAACACAGAAGCGGCGCCGCCUCCCAGAUGACACGCCUCACUCCUCUGACUAUCAUCAAAGUAGACUUUGUUUACAUUUUUUUUAUUUUUUAUUAUUUACCUCUCUCUCUUUAAAAUGAUCAUGGUUGAUAUUAGUUUUUACUUUGCCUUGCGCUGCCACACGUGCUCCAUUUACCAUCAUCACUGCCACACAUUUUGAGACAAGUUUAGCGGGUGAAAAAGUGCGGUUUAGUUCCAGCUGUGCCUGAAUUGCACUCGUGAAAUGAAUCCCUUGACCUCAGAAAGUGACUCCCAGGGACCCCAGGUUCAAAUCUGCAGCAGCAGCGGUUUUCAGCAGCCGUCAAUAGAUGGCAGCAGAUCGGUUGUCUGGCCUGCAUGCGCUGUGCAGCGUGGGUCAUUGUCUCUGCCAGUGAGACACGCAGAGGCUCCCUGUAUGAAGAGCUGCCAGCUGAUUGCUCUGGAAGGACGGGGAAGGGCCUUUAUGUCGGGGCCGUUCUAGCUGACAGCUUUUUUUUUUUUUUUUUCACCUUCACACCUUUAUUUUUGUGCCUCUCUUGUUUCCACAGCUGCUUUUGUUUUUCCCUUCUUUUCAUCAUCUGCCUCGUCUGAUUCAGUUGUUUUUCACCCGUUUGUGCUCAAUCCUGCCUCUAUUUCACUAUUGUUGUUUUUGGUUUUUUUUU